AUGAUGGGACAGAACAUCUGGAGAUUCAUAACCUCUGGGGUCCAUAGGAGCCACUUGGAGGAGGGCCCAGGGAAGAAUUUGCUGUUUUCUGUGGGAAACCAGUGGCGGUUGCUAGAGAUGACUCUGUACUUUGAAGCUGGAUUUGCUGCACCUUUCUUUACAGUAAAACACCAACUGCCUAAGAAAUAA